ACUACAAUUUUAGGUCUAUAUCGUCGUGUUCGUUAGCUAUGAUCGUCUGAUGUCCUUAAGAAUUGGCGAAGACAGUGCACGAGGUUCUAAGCAACCCAAAAAUGUUUCAAGCAUUACCUAACCACCAUAAACAAAAUUACAAAACCAGAAAAAGGGCCAUGCCUUUGGACACGUGAAUGGAAUGGGUUCCAACGGGAGGAGCUGUGGAAAAAAAAGGAGAAAGGGGGAGAAUUCCAAGGACCCUCAGUUAUUACUGAACAAAGAUAAGAUUGGAAUGUUUUAUAAAAUUUUCACCAACCCUUGCAAUGCUAAGGUAAUAGACAUAUUUUGAUCCUUUCCCCACUCUGGACCCCGGACAAGUUCUAUAAAUACUAAAAGUUAGACAUAUAUCGAUACACAUGUUUUUCAAGAUGAUGCUCUUGGUGAUUGUCGCCUCUUUUGUAGCUGUGUCACAGGCUCAAGAAUUUGGCGCCUUUGGAUGUCCAACCAUUUCCACAAAAGACAAUUUCAACCUCACUAGAUAUCUUGGAACAUGGUAUGAAAUUUACAAAUUCAAAGCCAACUUCGAGAACAACGAGAAAUGUAUUCAGGCAAACUAUCAGUUGAAAUCUAAUGGUCACAUUCGUGUGAACAACACUGGAGUUUCCAUAAGUGAUGGUAGUCCAAGCACAGCAAUUGGUGACAUCUACAUUCCUGAUCCAAGUGUUGGAUCCAGACUUAAAGUUAAAUUUGCUUCUGCUGCUCCCUAUGGAAAUUAUUGGGUUUUAGACACAGAUUAUGAAAACUACACACUAAUCUACUCCUGUACCAGCAUUCUCGGAAUCAGCCAUUUUGAAUUCGGUUGGAUUUUGGCGCGAUCAAGGACACUUCCAGAUUCAACUAUACAAAAACUUUUUGGAAUAAUGGACGGAUACAAAAUUAAUACACAUCAUUUUAUGAAGACUGAUCAAAGUGGUUGCUAACCAUUGUUUGUAUUAUUGAUUUCAUUUGAAUGUACAUAUAAGACAUGUUCUUUUGCUAAUAAAGCCACAUUGUUUCUUUUCCAUUAAAUAUAUGUCAAAAAAAAAAGAUUUCAUUUCUCAGAAUGAAUAUUUUUGAUGAAAUAACAUUCAUGCUGUCACUUUCACAGUGUCCAACACAUUAAAUUGGGAAUAUUGUUGUUAUGGUCCAACACAUAUAAUCUGUUGUAGUUUUGUAACUAUAUAGUUGGAUUAUUUGAAUUUGUCUCAAUUUUUUAUUCGUGUAGUUGCUCACUAUAAAAUUAUACGUACCAGUAUAUAUGUAAAGAAUUAGGAAUAAGAUGAUUUUUUGCAGUUGAAGCAGUCAGAUCUUAUCAAAUGUAGCUGUAGUAUGGAAGAUUGCUUUCUCUUAAAAUGUACUAUCUUGAAAUGUUUUGUUUUUGUUAAGAAUCGUUUUAGUUGUUCUUUGUGUUAUUUGAUACUUCUAUGAAACUAAAAAUAAAUUAUAAAAUACUU